AUGCGCAAACCAUCACUCCCUCAGCUCGUGCACAACACGAUUUUCCCACAUCCAAGCGCCAAUGACCCAGAUUCAUUUGCCGCCUUUGUCGUUAAAAAGCUAGUACCGGAAGUCAGGUUGGAAACCAGUCGAUUCUAUGGACAUCUCGAUUGCAUCGAAGCACAAUAUCCAGGCCUGGACUAUUCCUAUGGUCCGCACCGCAUGCGACUCGGUCGAUUCCAGUGGCACAGACGACUCUUCAAGACCUUCGACGAGCUAGGUCUGACCAACGAUGAAAUGAUGGAUAUGUGUUGCUGGGAGGGCACAAAAUCAGCGCGGGCGCGGUAUGAGCUGAUGGAAGGGACAACUGUGCGGGACACGAUCGGCCAUAGCACCUGGCAACCAACCCCAACCCCUUUACCUUCGAUCACAGUACACGAUGACUUCUACGGGCUAGAAGACGAUUAUGACCAACUUAUUGAGACACGCAGCGACGAUACAGUACGAGCGAGCGACACCCGUAGUUCCAGUGUCUUCUCCGGUUACCGAUCGCACGAACACGACGAAGAUUCUAGCGACGAAGAGGUGACCAGCUGUGGUCUUCCACUACAACACCAAUUGAUUGCGAACGUGGAGGCACGCGAUCAGGGUGCUGACGUGCCGCUGGAUGCGGCUUGGGAACAAUGGCUGAAGGAAUCCAGGGAACGAGGAUCGUAUAGCGAUAUGCUUCAUGGGAUUCGAGCCGAUGCGCACUUGAGCUUGUUACCCGAAGUACCGAUAUCUGCGAUACGAUAUGAAGAAGAGCAUACAAAUGAGGCUCCUCUGCCUCUGGCGAAUACUCUUUCUGCAGAAUCGUUCCUGUACACGACCUCGAACCUUUACGCUUCAAGUCCCAUUCUUCCCCAAUCCUCGAAUCACACUCCUGGCGAGGCGCGCUGA